AUGGAGGCAGUCCUGGACUCAAAUCAAAGUGUCAACCCGCAAAAACGUCGCUCUUCAUCUUUCUCUAUUGACACCGCACUUAGUUUUGCAAAUUAUCCAGUAGUGACGUUGUGCGCUAAGAUGCUCGGCUUUCGGGAAUACCCUUCUGGUCGUGAUGACAAUCAACCUUGUGAUAUCUACUGGUGUAACGUCGCACACCUUGAUUUUAGCACAGUUGUUAAGUCGUCUGGAUCUCGCGUGAAUAAACUGCCUGGAAUGUCGGAGCUUUCUAAGAAAGUCUCACUGACUCAUGCAAUCUCUUCGAUGGAAAAAUUAUUCCCGCAAGCAUACAUGUUUUACCCUCGUUCAUUCUUUCUGCCAGUUCAUUAUGAGGAUCUUAAGACCUACUGGAAAGAGACGUUACUACGUUAUAAGGAGCAAGGCCGAGACGAGGAGCCAUAUUUUAUCGUUAAGCCUAAUGAAGAUUUUAUCGAUGGUGCUGAGGAAGUUUGUUUAGGAGCGCAGGGUACCGGGAUUUACUUAAUUAACGAUCUAAGUCAGAUUAAAGAUCCAACGAUGGAACAACUCGUACAGGAGCAAGGCCGAGACGAGGAGCCAUAUUUUAUCGUUAAGCCUAAUGAAGAUUUUAUCGAUGGUGCUGAGGAAGUUUGUUUAGGAGCGCAGGGUACCGGGAUUUACUUAAUUAACGAUCUAAGUCAGAUUAAAGAUCCAACGAUGGAACAACUCGUACAGCAGUGUGACUACACCAAUGUGCGGUUGUGUUACAUUGAUGACACGACUGGUCUGCGAACCAUAAGCGCACAGGAUCUGUUUGUUGAAUAA